AUUCACCAAUCUGAAUGUUGGUAUAUAAAGAUAUAAGUAGGUUUACUGUCCAAUAUAUUUCACCUCAAAAUACCAACAUCUCUGUGUAAGCACCUGCCAUGCCUGUCAACCUUCUACUCUUCCUCCUCUUCCUCCCUGUGUGUCACGGCUGCCACACUGGCUCCUUCACCGACUGCCAGAAGGCUCCGUUCGUCCCCGGCCACAACCUGGCCGGAGAGGGUUUCGACAUCGUCAAGAUGCAGACCUCCGGCGCCUUUGUGGUGGAUGUGCGGAAGUUCAUGGUGGGUGGGCACGACGGUAACUGCACCCUGUGCACCAACACUCUGAUGGACGGCCAGGUCCAGAAGUUACCGCUCUCCGUACUGGACUGGCGCACAAAGGUGAAGUGUCGUCGGAGCCUCAGCAGCCAGAUGUACGAGUCGAGCACCUCCGUUCUAAAGGAGACCGCGAACGCUGCCAGCAUCAGCUGGAAGGCUGGCCUGGGAAUCAAGGGCAUUGCUGGGGUUGCUGUUGGAGGCACACACUCCAAAACUGCCAUGUUCGCCAGAGGCCACUCCACCAAUGACAAGUUCUCUUUUACCAGCCAUGAAUUCAAAUGCAAAUAUUACACCUUUCGCAUCCAAACCCAACCCCCUCUGAGCCAGGAGUUUCAGGCCUCCCUAAAAAACCUGCCCAGCACGUACACCAGCAACACCAACCCUGCCUACAGCCGAUUCAUCUCCAUCUAUGGCACCCACUACAUCCGCAACGUGCACCUGGGGGGCCGGGUGCACUCCACCACAGCCAUACGCACCUGUAAGAUGGCCAUGAGCGGCCUCUCCCUCCAUUCUGUCAGCAACUGUCUGGGGGUGGAAGCCAGUGGCACCAUCAAAGGUGUCACGAUCAGCGCCGAGACCAAGUACUGCAAGUCCCUGAGCAAUAAACUGAAGACAGGCGUAAGCUUCGGAGCCACCUUCUCGGACCGCGUCACCGAAGUGCAGGGCGGCAACGUCGAGGUUGAGGACAUCCUCUUCAAUCCUGAAAAGAAGUCUGGCUAUAAAACCUGGCUGAAGACCCUGAAAAAGGUCCCUGGUGUGGUCUCCUACCAGCUCAGCUCCCUGCAUUUCCUGGCCAGAGACAACCACAUCCUUAAGGCCAACCUGCGCAAUGCCAUCAGAGACUACAUCCAAAAUUACUCUGUGUCCACCUCCUGCCCUUCUGCUUGCAAGACAGGGAGACGCAACAAAGGCUGCGCCUGUAUCUGUAGCGGUCACAGGAAUGUGGACUCCAACUGCUGCCCCAGUAAACCGGGCGUGGCCAGGAUGAAUGUGACGGUGGUCCGAGCUACGGGGCUCUGGGGCGACUACUUCUCUAAGACAGACGGCUAUGUCAAGGUCCUCUACGGAAAGCAAGGCGGUUCCACUCCUGUGAUCUGGAACAAUGACUUCCCCCACUGGAACUAUAGGAUUCAGUAUGGAACAGUGGAUUUGAAAAGUAAACAAACCUUGCGCUUUGAGGUGUGGGACCGCGACAACAGAUGGAACGAUAACCUGCUAGGAAAGGGCUCCAUAACCCCUCAAAGGGGCAUGAACGUCAACCAAAGUUUCAAGUUGAAACACGGCACACUUUAUGUCUCCCUGUCUGUGGUUUGCGGCCCCAGCCUUAAAGGAGCCUUCUGUGAUCAGUAUGCCCCCUCACCUGGGUCCCAGGGUAGGCUGAGUUACGUCCAUGACUGGGACAGAGCGACAGAGACGUUACCCACCCUCUUCCAGGGUUCUCACAGGACCUUCCUGUGAACGGUGCCCCUCAUGUUAAUUUACUUACUUAAUUAUAAUAAUAUAAUAACAUAUGCCAUUUGGCAGAUGCUUUUAUCCAAAAGGACUUACAGUACGGUGCAUAUAUUUUUUGAAUAUGUGACCCCAAGAGGGAAUCAAACCGACAACCUCUAACCAAUGCUCUUACCAGCUGAGCCUCAUAGGACUAUUUUCUCCUCUUCACUCUCUGUGGAGCAUAAGGCCGCAACAAUACAUGCCAUGCCAGACGGUCCUUUGCCGUUUUCUCUCUGCUUCACCUUUGUGACAUGAGGCUAAUGGUAAAUCUGUUUUUUUUUAAUGCAUUAAAUCGAUAGGUCAACCAAUUAGCUUGCGUUGACAAGCUCGGUCUUUCCUUUCCAAGGCGAUAAAAUGAUUAAUUGCUUCAGGGUUGCCUCUACAUUCAUAUAUUUUUUCUUUCUGUCACAAAACUAAAUUAUUUCUCAAUAUUGACCUUUUUUUUGUGUAUUUUUUGUUGCACAAUUCUAUGUAAUGUCUGAUACAUCCAAAUAGUUGGGGUUUCAGUAUUACUCGUAUCACUGUGACACACAAAAAAAAACGUAUUGAAAGUAAUGUGAAAGGAGGGAUUUUAGGUCUACUUGAGGCCUGCUUGAAGAGGAACAUUACCCAAGUGCUUUUGCUGAUUCAUUACCACCCAGAUGAAGUGGGUGAGACCACUGACUCUGGAUGCGUCGCAAAUGGCAUCCUAUUCCACUUCUAGUGGAUUCCUUUGACCAGGGCCCAUAGGGCUCUAGUCAAAUGUAGUGCACUAUAUAGGGAAUAGGGUUCCAUUUGGGACUCAUGCUCUGCAUUAGACCAAGGUAACAGGAACAUGACCACAUUCCUCAAUUGACAUGACACUUGGCAAUAGCUGAGAAAGCAAAUGUGGUUUACAUACAGUACGUCACUUACAUUUAGUUUUCACUGUAUUUCAAUUUUUUUUGUAUGUUUAUGUUCCUUUCCUUUCACAUUUGUUUGCAUUUUCUAUUUUCUGCUUGUACUGUCAUUCAAUAAACUGAGUAGACCUAU